UCAAACCUCACUGUUAACAUAAAAGAGAAGCUUUGAAAUCAAGAUAAGACUACAAAGACAACACAUGUUAAGGGUCUAACACACAUGCUAUCAAUAUCUGAGAGAAUCUAAAACCUAUCUUAGCAAACAAGUUACCAGAGCCGACAACAACAAAACUUAAGACAUUAAUGGUGUAACAAUAUGAUCAGAAUCGACAUAAGGGGUAGAUUUCGCCUUCCACUAAUCCAUACUAAAACUAAAGCAAUGUAGCAAAUCAUUGGUUCAACACAACAUCCUAAUUCUACAGCCACAAUUCACCAUUUCCACAUCAGUCCAAGCAUAAUAAAACAAAAAAAAAUUGAGCAAAUUUCUAAUCAAAGAUAAUAUAAUGUAUUAAUGGAAUAAUAAAAACCAUCCCUCAAUAGAACAAAACCAUCUCAAAAUAUCUGAAUUAAAAUUCCAAAGUAAAAAAGAGAUAGAAAAAAAAAACAUAACCUAACCCAAUCAUCAUCACUCUUCAUCAGCCUUCUUGAACACGUAAGUAGUUCCACAUUUCCCACAAUAAUGUCUAUCAAAAUGACUCGCCAUGAAAGUUCCAGGACCACAGCUAACAGAAGGACACUCUUUCCUCAACCUCUGAACUUUUCCACUUCCAUCAACCUUGUAAAACUGCAAAACCGCUAGCUUCACUUUCUUAUGCUUAUGCUUAAUCUUCUUAGGUUUCGUGUACGUCUUCUUCUUCCUCUUCUUCGCACCUCCUCUCAGACGAAGCACCAAAUGAAGCGUCGACUCUUUCUGAAUGUUGUAAUCAGCGAGUGUUCUUCCAUCUUCCAAUUGUUUUCCGGCGAAGAUUAACCGUUGCUGAUCCGGUGGGAUUCCUUCUUUGUCUUGAAUCUUCGCUUUCACAUUGUCGAUUGUGUCUGAUGAUUCAACCUCUAGGGUUAUUGUCUUCCCCGUUAGGGUUUUCACGAAGAUCUGCAUUUUCUUGUUUCGCUCGAAGAAAAACGCUGAGAGUGAGAAACAAUGGCUUUUAUAUCAAUGAAAUUAGGGUUACAAGCACAUGAAUAAUGGGCCUGGACUUAGGCCCAAUUUAAGAAAUAAAGCCCGUAAUGAUUAAAACGAUGUCGUCUAAAGGAUAAAGUUUGAAAACUACUAAAACUCUCAUCUUCUUCAUUGAAUCAGUAUCAAUGGCGAUUGUAGCAUCACUACGAGACAUUAAUCUCUUCUCUUCACUUCCUUCAACACCUCCAAUGGCGGAUUCAUCAUCAGGAACUUUCCGGCCAGCUCCGCCGAUACCAAUUCCCAAAUACGCACCAUCCACUAGAAAUCGUAAUCGGAAAACUAAUCAUCAAAUUCAAACCGAUACACAGACGAAGAAACCACAAUCAAAUCCAGCUUUAAAGCUUCCGCAUCACCGAACCAGAUACUACAAACCGGUUAAGGAAGGAGUUAUCUCUUCAGACGGCGACCGCACAAUCGUAAUUGGCGAAUCCGGUGUCUCGUACCAGCUUCCCGGUGCGCCGUUCGAGUUUCAGUUCAGUUACUCUGAGACACCGAAAGCUAAACCGGUUGGGAUUCGUGAACCGGCGUUUAUGCCGUUUGCGCCACCGACGAUGCCGAGACCGUGGACAGGGAAAGCACCGUUGAAGAAAUCAAAGAAGAAGAUUCCGUUGUUUGAUUCCUUUAAUCCACCGCCGGCGGGAAAAUCUGGGGUUAAGUAUGUGGAAAUGCCUGGGCCGUUGCCGUUUGGGAGGUAUCCAAAGGAAGGAAUGAAUAGAGAAGAGAUUUUAGGAGAGCCAUUGAAGAAAUGGGAGAAAGGAAUGUUGAUUAAGCCUCAUAUGCAUGAUAAUCGUCAGGUUAAUUUAGGAAGAGAUGGAUUUACACAUAAUAUGUUGGAAUUGAUACAUUCGCAUUGGAAGAGACGACGUGUUUGUAAAGUUCGAUGUAAAGGAGUUCCUACUGUGGAUAUGGAUAACGUGUGUCGUGUUCUUGAGGAAAAGACAGGAGGAGAGAUUAUUCACAGAGUUGGAGGUGUGGUGUACCUCUUCAGGGGUAGAAAUUACAAUUAUCGCACACGUCCGCAAUACCCGUUGAUGUUGUGGAAACCAGCAGCUCCUGUUUAUCCAAAGCUCAUUCAAGAAGUUCCUGAAGGAUUGACCAAAGAGGAAGCUCUUGAGUUCAGGGUGAAGGGCAAGUCUCUUAGGCCUAUAUGCAAGUUGUCUAAAAAUGGAGUCUACGUAUCGCUAGUCAAGGAUGUUAGGGAUGCCUUUGAACUGAGUCCCUUGGUGAAAGUCGACUGCCCAGGACUUGAACCAAGUGAUUAUAAGAAAAUAGGCGCUAAACUUAAGGAGUUAGUUCCAUGUGUGCUUCUGUCUUUCGAUGAUGAGCAAAUACUCAUGUGGAGAGGACGAGAUUGGAAGUCGCGGUUUGUAGACAAUCCUUUAAUUCCAAGCCUUUCUGAAACCAACAUAGCAAACGAACUUGAUCCCUCAGACAAACCCAGUGACGAACAAACUGUGUCUGAUCCAAGUUCAACGAUCUCAAGCCCCAAAAUGAUCUCGCUCUGGAAACGAGCAUUGGAAUCGUCCAAGGCGGUGAUUCUUGAAGAGCUUGACCUUGGUCCGGACGAUCUAUUGAAGAAGGUGGAAGAGUUAGAAGGCACUUCACUGGCUGCAGAACACAGUUACACAGCUAUGGUCUUGUCAAAUACUGAUGGUGCAGCAGAGGAUUACGUUGAUGACAAGGACCGGUCCGAAGAGUAUAGUGACAUAGACGAUGACUUUGAUGACGAGUGUUCCGAUGAUGAAUCGCUAGAUCCGGUUGGUCCAGUGGGAACUUUGCCCGUUGACAAGAUAGUUAGGAAGCUGAGGGAGAGACUAAAAUAGAGCCAAAAGUGUUACUGUAAUUGUUUGGUGUAAAUGUUGUAAACAUACUAAAAACCCAUAAGAAAAUGCUUAUAGAUCACGCAUUCCUUCAAUCAAAUGUUGACGCAUACCCUUAAGAUAAA